UCCAUGUAUUUUCUUCUUCUCUUCUUCUUUGUUAUUUCUGGGGUCAAUUCUUGAUUCCCCUUUUUCUUUCCUAAUUUCUUCAUAAUCAUUUUCUCAUUGUAUUAAUUAAAAGAAAGAUAUAUAGUGGUUGAUGGAGAAUCCACCGGAGUGGGGAGGCGGAGUAGGGAAGAGGGUGGUGGUGAUAGGUGGAGGAGUGGCUGGUUCUCUUAUUGCCAAGUCCCUUCAAUUUGAUGCUGAUUUAACUCUUAUUGAUCCGAAGGACUAUUUCGAGAUACCAUGGGCAAGCUUAAGAGCAACGGUGGAGCCUUCGUUCGCGGAGAGAUCACUGAUUCACCACAGAGAUUAUCUUUUCAAUGGGCGUCUCAUAGUGUCCGAAGUCACUAAUAUCAACAACAGAGAAGUCUUGACUGCAGACGGACAUCAAAUUACCUACGACUAUCUUGUUGUAGCCACCGGUCACUAUGAUCCCCUGCCCGUAACUAGAACUGACAGAUUGGCAGAAUAUCAAUCAGAAAAUGAAAAGAUAAAAGCAGCUGAAUCUAUAUUGAUUGUUGGUGGUGGCCCUACUGGGGUUGAACUUGCAGCAGAAAUCGCUGUAGAUUUUCGCGAGAAGAAGGUAACUUUGGUGCACGACGGAUCCAGACUACUGGAGUUCAUCGGACCAAAAGCGUCUGACAAGACUUUAGAAUGGUUGAAAUCCAGGAAUGUGGAAGUGAAACUGAUGCAAUCUAUUGAUCUGAGUAAUAAUACCUCGGAUGGAAACAGAACAUAUUUCACUUCAUCAGGAGAAACUAUCAAAGCAGAUUGCCAUUUCCUUUGCACGGGAAAGCCACCAGGUUCAGCAUGGUUAAGGGAGACGUAUUUGAAGGACCGAAUUGAUAAUUUUGGAAGAUUGAAGGUCGAUGAGAAUCUUAGAGUCAAGGGUCAUAGAAACAUAUUUGCCGUUGGAGAUAUAACUGAUAUUAAGGAACUAAAACAAGGGUAUUCAGCUCAGAAACACGCUCUUGUGGCUGCGAAGAACUUGAAACUCUUGAUGAGCGGAGGAAAGGAAGACAAACUUGCAACAUACGAGCCUCGCUCAUCACCUAAGAUUAUUGUUUCAUUGGGAAGGCAAGAUGCAGUGGCUCAAUUUUCGUUCACGACGGUGAUCGGACUAGUCCCUGGGAUGAUCAAGUCUAAAGAUUUAUACGUGGGGAAAACGAGGAAGAAAAUGGGGCUUCAACCUAAGUAAUAUUGUUCAUUAUUCAUGAGAUUCAGAUCAUUCUGAGUGUAAAAAAUGCUGUUUUUUGUUUGUUUGCUCGGUUUGCUGUUCAUAUGGCUAAAAUGCAAGUUCUUCUACUUAUAUUUUGCAGUAGAAUGUGCAUUGGAGUUCAAUUCUUUGACUAGGUGUGUUAUAAAUAUGUAAUAUCUGUUGCAGUUAAUGAGUAUAUGAUCUAGUAUUUUUUUAA